GCGCCAAAGAAUCAUUUUGAUGUCUGUGAACAAUGCUCCUAUUUCUGGAUAGUUUUUGACGAUUUAUUCGUCUUCGUGUUUGUUUAUUAAACAUUAUUCUAAUCCAGUGUUGAAGAAAAAAAUUAUUUUUGAUCAAUGUGCCUCGCACAUGUAGUAUUAUACGCUAAAUGAAAAUUGAAAUAAUCCUGAAAUGGCGGACGCGCUACCUGUUUGUGAUGUAUUAUGUGAAGCAACGGAAUAUUUAUCCAAACUUGGUUCCAAUUUAAAAGUUCGCACUGAUAAUUUAAGAGAGAAGAAAAUAAGAAAAAGUCUGCUAAAGAAUACACACGCUGUUCAGAAAGCCGCCAAUAAAGUGUUAUUGAUUUGUGAGUUAUCAAAAAAGUCUCUCGAAAAUGUGGAAACCGGUGUAAAACAUCUUUUAUCGCAAAUUGCUGUUUCGCAAAGUGCCGGCACUAAAACGUCUCGCCGUUUAAGUGACUCGAAAGUACAAUAUGAAUAUUUUGAGUAUGCAUCAAAAGAACUCAAAAUUCGGAAAAAAAUUUCAUUUGCUCAUUAUAUGUCCGUAAAAGUUGUUGCAGAAGCUAUGCCCUAUUCUAUGUUAGAAAAGUACCCAGUUUACAUUGAUUGCAAAUUGUUUCGAAGAAAUAAAAAAAAUAUUAAGGGGAUAAAACUCUCUGAAGAUGUUUUAAAAAAUACAAAAAAUGAAGACGAUAGUAAAAGUGUCAGUUUAGAGUUAUCAGAAAGUAAUGGCACAGAGAGCUUAUCAAUAAAAUCUAGUCAUGUUUGUGAUGGAAAUGUUAUUUCUGAGAGAGACUUGGAAAAAAAUGAGUCUCAAGUUUAUGAUCCCAAGAAUAAAAAAGCCACAAAUAAAAAUUCAACAUCAAGUAAUCAAUUAGACAAUUUAGAUAAAUCAAGUCCAAGAUCCACUAACAAUGUUUGUGAAAAUGCUGAGACAAGCACAGUCAUGUGUGAGAAAAAACAGUGUGGUAAUAUCAAUAAUAACGAUGAUCAAAAAAGUAAAACUGCAAAGAAAAAGAGAAAAUAUUCACGUAUUAUAAGUGACAGUUCAGAAAGUGAAAAUGAGGAAGGAAAUAAAAAUCUUGAAGAAAACAUCAAUAGUACGAACAUAAAUGAUGGUAACACUUCAAAAAUAUGUUUGGACAGUUCAUCAGAGGUAAUUUGUAGUAAUAAUGAAUCUACAAAGGAAAAAUGUGCAGAUUUAGUUAAAAAAUCUGAUGCAGCAGAAAACGAAAGCAAUAAAACAGAGGCUUCUACAGAAUUAGCAGAAAGUUCAAAUAAAGUUUUUAUAAAAUGUGUUGAUAUAAAUAAGUUGCUAGUACUUCCAAAGGAAGAUGAUUGUAUUAUAAUAAAUGAUGAUGGAGAUGAGAUAGUAUUAAAAAGUAAGACUAAAGAAAAUUUAGAAAAAAGAAAAGGUAAAUGUAAAAUUAAAAAUAAACCUGAUAGAAAAUAUGUAAGCAAGCAAGAUUUAGCUAAAGAAAGAUACAGGGAACGAAAAAGGAAAGUGAAGUCAUUCAAACCUAAAGAAUUUUCUAUAAAUUUACAAAGAUUACCAAAGUUUUCUUUAGAAUUUUUGGAAACUUAUAAAAUAAGUAAAGUAACAAUGGGUAAGUCUAUUAUUUUCGCUAUAGAAACUUGUGCGGAAAAGCCAAUAGAAGAAUGUAAUAGUGAAAAAGCUUUACUUCAAGAAGUUGAUAAAAGUUCGCAAAAAACAUCCAAUGUUCAGGUAUCAGUUUUAGGCAAAAGUCAAUUAAGCUCAACAAGUCAUUUCGAUAUAACUGACAGUAAUGUAAUAACUAAAGAUUUGCUAGAACUUACAGAAAAUGUGAAAAAAGCUUUACUUGAUAAUAGUGAUUCAGAUACAAAUGACGUUCCUGAGAACACUUCUGGCCCUAAUAAAGAAUUAAGUAAAAAUCAAGAGAACUCAGAUUUACAAAUAAAAAAGACAGUUGAAAGUUCUGAUAAGCAACAGAAAACUUUAGAAAAAAUAGCUGAAAAAGAUAGUGAGACCAAUGAUGAUAAUUCUCAAACUCACUGUGAUAAAAAUUUAGAACCCUCUAAAUCACCUUCACAAUGUAGUCCUACAGAAGAUAUUUACGAAUCUAACAAGGACUCGUCUCAAUGUAAUAAAGACCUGGAGCUAGUGAAAUCAUCAUUAUUGAACAAUUCUUCAGAUGAAGAUUCAGGUAAUGUGAAAACAACAGAAAACUCAGACAAUCCAAUACCAUUACCCAACAAUGUCUUAAAUAAUUCUCCAAGCUAUCAAAAAAAGAGGGAUACUAAAGAUAAAAAUUCAUCAGCAUCCUGUGGAGAGUCAGAACAAGUGAAAUCACCUAUACCAAAUAGUUCCUCUAAUAAUGAAAAAUGUGUAUCACCAAACUCAACAGUUGACCGGGAAAUUAUCGAAUCUCCAAUACUCAAUGAUUCCUCAAAUGACUCGUCUACUUCUCAAAAAAGACAUAGAAAUAAUAAAGAUGCAUUAUCACAACCUAAUGAUACAGAUAGAAUAAAAUCAUUGUUACUUGAUGAUUCCUCAUGUGCUUCAUCAACUUCACAUAAAAGAGAGGGUAGUCAUGAAAAAAACACAUCACCACAUCUUAGUGAUGAUCCUGAGAAAAUAAAAUCAUCAUUAUUGAAUGAUUCAUUAGACAGUGAACAUUCAUCUUCUCCAAAAAAAAGUAGUUGUAAAGAAGGUACAAAUAUUAAUGCAGAGCAAAUAAAAUCAUCACUUUUAAAUGAUUCUGAUGCUUCAUCAGUUUCACAAAAAAUAAAUGACAAUGAAAGGAGCCCAAAACAACUUGAUAAAGAACAGGAACAAAUAAAAUCAUCAUUACUCAAUGAUUAUUCAGAUUGUUCUCCAUUGAAAUCACAAAAAGGAAAAGGCAGUGAAAUGGAUACACCACCGAAGUCAAAACGAAAACGUAUCAUGGAAAAUAUGCGCGCUAAAAAAAUGCUGCUAACAUAUUCAUCAAGUUCAGAUACGGAGGAUGAGCAAUUGAAAAAUGCUUUAAAAGAAGUAAAAGAUUCCCUACUUAAAGAGAUAUCUGAAGACAAUAGAAAACACAGAAUGGAACAUAAUUCGGACUCAAGUACUGAUAAAGAUAUAAAUCUAUCAUUAAGAAGGAAAAUGAACAAGUCUAGAAAAAAGAAACAUUCCGAUUCAGAGGAGGAAACGAAAUCUCGAAAGAAAAGAAAGAUAAAACGAAGCAAGAAUAGUGACGAAGAAAAUUCUAACUCCUCUAUCCGCAAGAUGGACGGUACUAGUACUAAAGUGGGCAGUAGCAGCAGUCAAAAUUCAGACGCUGAAGAUAUAAAUGACAAAGUCGUUGAUAGACUGACGAAUCUGAAGAGUUUGUAUAAGUCGCGACGUCGGCGUACGUCUGAGGAGAGCGCGGGCAGUGCGUCUAAGCCCAGCAAUAAGGACAAGGACGAGAUGCCGAAAGUGCCCCGCAUCGAUACCGAGAGCCUUCUCAAGGCGGAGACCAGCUCGGACGCCGCCUCACUAGCUGGCAGCGAGGAGGUCUUGGAGGAGGAGGUCGAAGAACUACCAACAGUAUCAAUGUCUGCUCUCAAUGGAGAUGGAGUGCAUCUCGCUAAAGCUGACUUAUUGGAAGAUAGUGAUUCUUCUAGCUCGCGUAAUAAUAAAUCACAAGAGGAUGAAAAGAAUUUAGAAGCCAAUGAUGAUCAAACAGAAGAUGAAAAACUGAAGUCAAGACGUCGUAAAGCUUUAGCAAUCUCGUCGGACUCAGAGGCGGGGUCAUCGCGACGUCGUGAGCGGGACCGCGCCCGUGACAAGCUGAGUGACUUCGAGGACUCAGAAGAUGACGGAUCAGAGCCACAGGGGAAGAAGAAACGGAAGAAGAAACCAGCUGAUAGCGAUGAUAAUUCCUCUGUAGAAAGCGGGAAGAAGAAACGACGCCGCAUUAAAAAUAUAGACGACACCGAGGAAUCCGAUUCGGACACUGAAAAUGAGGGUAGAAAUAAACACGGCAGAAAGAACAUACGUAAGGUAAUGGGUAAAAAUCAACUAGAGGAAGCAACGAAAAAGGCAGCUCGCGAAGAGAAGGAAAGGAUCGCUCGAAUCGCUGAACGCCAAAAGCUGUACAAUAAUAUGCAAUUUGAUGAGUCCGGGAAACCAGAUGAAGUGAAACUAGAGAAGGUUGUGCUGGACUUUGAUCCUGAAACUAAGGAGCCGCUUAUUGAAGUUGACAGAGGACUUGUUAAGAAAUUAAAACCACAUCAGGCAAAUGGCAUCAAAUUCAUGUGGGAUGCCUGCUUUGAGAGUGUGAAACGGAUCAAAAAGAACAAGGGUUCGGGAUGUAUUUUAGCUCAUUGUAUGGGGCUCGGGAAGACAUUGCAGGUGGUGUCUCUAACACACACUCUGCUGACCCACAAUGACUUAACAGGCGUAAACCGUGUGCUGGUCGUGUGUCCGCUGUCGACUGUACUUAACUGGGUCAACGAGUUUAGAAUGUGGCUAAAACACGCAGAAAGGGAGAGUGAAGUUGAUGUUUAUGAACUUUCUAGGCACAAGCAGAAUUCUGAGCGCGCGUACCAGCUGCAGCAGUGGUACGAGAGCGGAGGUGUAUGCGUACUCGGCUAUGAGAUGUUCCGCAACCUCUCCGCAGACAACUCUAAGAAGUUCAAGAAGAAGAUGCUCAAGACCUUCCAGGAGAGCCUCGUUGACCCCGGUCCUGAUAUGGUGGUAUGCGAUGAGGGUCACCUGCUGAAGAACGAGAAGACGAGCCUAUCGCAGUCCAUCAAUAGAGUGAAGACGCUGCGCCGCAUCGUUCUCACCGGCACACCGCUGCAGAACAACCUUAAAGAAUAUUACUGUAUGGUACAGUUUGUGAAACCGAACCUUCUGGGCAAGUACAACGAGUACUUGAACCGCUUCGUGAACCCCAUCACCAAUGGACAGUACACUGACUCCACAGAGCACGACAUACGCAUCAUGAAGCGACGCUCGCAUGUCCUACAUAAGAUGCUAGAUGGCGCUGUACAGAGGCGAGACUACGGGGUGCUGGCGCCCUUCCUGCCUCCGAAGCAUGAAUAUGUACUAUUCAUUACGCUGUCUGAAGUUCAGAUUAAACUGUAUCAACAUUAUCUAGACAACUACUCUAGAAGACCGUUACCCGGAAAGUCGUCAGGAUUUCUGUUCCCUGACUUCCAGUCGCUGCAAAGAAUAUGGACACAUCCUUUGGUGCUCAAAUAUAACUCGGAGAGAUAUGAAAUUAUGCAGCAGAAAAAGAGGGAGAGGGAAGAAGAGGAAGAUUCAGAGGGAUCUCUCGCUGACUUCAUUGAUGAUGAGUCCACACCAGAUGAAAGUUCAACGGCUGAAUCUUCAGAAGACUAUUCGGAUGCGAGUGACGACAGCCAUAAGAAGAGCAAAAAGAAGAAAGCCGCUAAGAAAGGGAAAAGUAAAGUGACUACGCGACGUGGCACCAGAGCUAAUCCAACGGAACAACUAGAAGAGGACGAGAAGUCAGUGGAGAUGCUGGAGGAGAAGAACGAGAACCCGACAGAGUGGUGGGUGAAGUUGGUGUCAGACGAUGAGCUGGAGGAUAUGCGCAACUCACACAAGUUGGUGCUGCUCUUUGAUAUACUGCGACAGUGCGAGGCCAUCGGAGACAAACUAUUGGUAUUCUCACAAUCUUUAUAUUCAUUGGACUUGAUCGAGCACUUCUUAGCGAAGGUAGAUGAAGCUACACAAGAGGGUCGAAUUGAUGAGAAACUUGGCGGCCAUGUGGGAUCAUGGUCUCCAGGUAUAGAUUACUUCAGGCUAGAUGGAUCUAUAUCCUGUGAGAAUAGAUCCAUAUGGUGCAAGAACUUCAACAGGGAAGACAAUCCUAGGGCUAGAUUGUUCCUUAUAUCAACACGCGCUGGUGGACUUGGCAUCAAUCUGGUGGCAGCGAAUCGUGUUGUCAUAUUCGAUGUCUCCUGGAAUCCCUCGCACGAUGUUCAGAGCAUCUUCCGCGUCUACCGCUUCGGGCAGAAGAAGCCAUGCUAUGUAUACAGGUUCCUUGCUAUGGGUACGAUGGAAGAAAAGAUCUACGAGCGUCAAGUGACGAAGCAGGCGAUAUCGAAGCGUGUUAUUGACGAGCAGCAGAUAGACCGGCAUUAUGCUGAGAACGACCUCGCUGAGUUAUACAAGUUCUUGCCGCGGCCGCCUGCGCCCCGUCCCCUGCCACCUCUACCUAAAGACAGGCUAUUUGCCGAACUGCUGAGAGAACACGACGCACAGAUAUACAAAUAUCACGAGCAUGACUCGCUGUUGGAGAACAAAGAGGAGGAGACGCUGAGUGAGGAGGAACGUAAGGCCGCUUGGGAAGACUUUGAGAAUGAGAAGAACCGUCCGCCGCCUGCUCCCUUCCCCGCUGCCUGGCCCAUGCCUAAUGGAAUGAUGCCUGGAUUACUGGCGCAGCAACAGCAACAGCUGGCGUACGCGGCGCUGGACGCCAUGCUGCGCAAAGAUAACGUCAGCGAGAGCCGGAUACAGGAGUUGUUACCUCUCAUAUAUAACACUAAUCCCGGGCUGAUGCAGAAAAUGAGUGAAUUAUACAAGUACGCUCCGCCCGGAAUGAUGAAUUCAGGAAUGAUGAACCCCGUUAUGAAUCCUGGUGGUGGUGCUGGUGGUGCGGGUGGUGCAGGCGCUGGUGCUCUGGGUGGCUCCAGUGGGCUGCAGUAUGAGCCGCCAUGGCUCCGCCAGCAGAAGCAGCAGCAGAUGCGCCUCCAGCAAAUGGUGCAACAGCAACAGGGCAUGGGUGCGAAGUACUACGCUGGAGGUCUCGGCAGUCGUGACCCUGUGGCGAUGGCGCUGCAGCAGCAGAGGGCGCGGGAGAUAAUGCUGGGUGAGCGCGGCAGACCUCGCGGACGUCCGCCACUCUCGAGGCCACCUCCUACCACCGAUGUCGUCAAUCUCGCAGACUCCGACUAGAUGAUCAGUGUAUAGUGAACAUGUACAGUGUGUGAUAGUGUUGUGUGGAGCGAAGUGGCUCAUAGCAAGUGAACAAUGAACUCUCUCAGUGAAGUGCAAGUGUUGACAUGCAUAGGCUUACGCUACAACUACACAUAUCAUGAAUCUCUUUGGUGAAUUGUCUUGAUUGAAAAAAUUCAAACACUCUUUAACUGAAUUUCCACUGGUUAAAUCACAAAAAUAUAUUGGGAUCCCUUUUAUUAUCUUUGAAAUGAUUGAGAGAAUAUGUUUUCGUUUAUGUUGGAAAUUCUCGGUAUUUCUGUGUGUUUCGACUGCAGUUACUUGUUUUGACACAUAUUGACAUCUCACAUUCUUUUUGAAAGAACAGAGACAUGUGUCAAUACUAAUGACAAGUCAGUCAAAACCUACAUACAAUAAGGCAGACAGUUUGUUGUUUCCACUGCGCAAAUAUAUUUAAAUAUUUU